AUGUCCAUGGACCACAGCCCCACCACGGGGGUGGUGACGGUCAUCGUCAUCCUCAUCGCCAUCGCAGCCCUGGGCGCCCUGAUUCUGGGCUGCUGGUGCUACCUGCGCCUCCAGCGGAUCAGCCAGUCGGAGGACGAGGAGAGCAUCGUGGGCGAAGGCGAAACCAAGGAGCCCUUCCUCCUGGUCCAGUAUUCUGCGCGGGGACCUUGCACAGAGAGUAAGGCCAAGCUGAGUCCCGGUGGCCCCAAGGCGCACGGCUAGCGGGAUUUCCACAGGCUGCAAAUCCCACGGGUACUGUGAAGGAGCACGCAGGGCUGCACCCACCACUGUGCCGAACGCUUGGCCACUCGCAGCCACGCAUGCGCAGGGAAGACGACCCUCCUUGCUCCAGGACAUGCACAAGGCCGGCAAUGCACAGGUGGGGACGCGGCGUGAGUCCCACUUGACCUGCUACUUGAAUUGCCCACUGAGCCCUGACAUAAUGUGAGCAGCUGUGGAGUGCGUGAGGAAGCUGGUGUCGCCUUUCCAGGAACUGGGAAGAAGCG